CGCCUUUCUGAGCCAUCACGCAAACCCUUAGGUCGUGUUGUUAUCCCCAUUUACAGAUGAGAAAACUGAGAUCGAGAGGCCGGGCAAGUGAGGCAGCAGAGGUUAACAUCCUCAGCGUGAUGCCUGGCACAGAGUGAAGCGUUCAGUCUCCCUGGUGCUGCUGUGUGGCUUUCCCCACUUACGGACGAGAAAGCCCAGGCUCAGCAUUGUGAGGUAGUUUGCCCGACACCUCACAGUCUCGGUCCUGGCUCCAUAGCCAGUGCCGGGAGCAGGAGCCCCAGAUGGCCUGCACAGCUCUAAGGAACAGAGGUGGACACUCCAGAAAAUCUGGCUCCCAGAUUCCAGAUGCAUCCGAAGGCUCUGGGAGCCGUCUGGAAGCACUUCCCUCUCAGGCCACCUGACCCCUCGUGGGCAGAGGCGAACUGCACAGGCACCCCUUCCGGUUGCGGAUGAAGGACUGCAGCCCAGAGACAGGUGUCCCCGCCCCGGGGCUCAGAGCAACCCCGGGCAUGACAGGAACUAGAACCCAGGUCUCCCGGCUCCUACGCCACCUUCAGUUAGCCACAGGGAGGAAAUACACACACACCUCUACUUGCAGGAAAGAGGAAGUUGGUAAAUCAUUGCUUAUUCCUCUCUGAUCGCUUGAGAGAUUGAAGCAGCAUCUGCCCGCAUCAGGGUAUGAUGUUCUUACAACUGUCAAUAAACACCCGCUCCCGAGGUGCAUGAGUCUGGCCGGGUGGUGGAGAGGCUUUCUCCCGUUAAACCGUCAGGACGGGACUCUGAGCGGCAAAGUAGAGCAUGGAAUCCAGUGCCAGCUCUCCUGGCAGCCAGUGUUUGCCCCCGGGGUUCACAAGUCCCGUGACUGCGGCUGCUGGACGGCGUGUCCCAGGCCCUGUGCCGGGUCUGUCCAGGGCGGGGGAGGCAGUUGGGGGCCGGCGAGCUGGGAGCCGGGACUCUAGUCUCCUCAUCUCUGGGGUCCUAGGGAACACUGAUUGUCCAUCAGUAAACAUGAGGGGACUGGGCAAACCAACGUUCUAAUCCUGGGGUACCCAUCAGAGCCCCUAGCAGCCAGCACACUGGUUAAUGGCUGCCUUCUCAGCCCUUCCGGGAUUGCCCGGGCCACUCCCAGGCUCGUUGUGGAAAAGGAGGAGAUUUGCCCGGUGCAUUCAGGACCCUGGGGUCCCAGGGCUAUUGUGGUUCAUCCCAGUGAGACACCCUCCACUGCUUCCUGUCCCCCCUCACCUGCCCCCACAGCACCAGCCUCCACAGGCACACACACACACACACACACACACACACACACACACACACGGCCUCCUAAGGUGGUAACAGGACUCCCGACCUGAAAGGGGCGUCCACAUUGGAGAAAGCUGCCAGCAUACCAGUGGCCCUGGCCUUCCCGCCACCCUCAGCCUGACCCUUUCUCACCCAGAUGGGAGGCAGCCUUGAGAAGAGCCUCAGUGACUGGAUGAUGAGACAAGGCAUGAUCCCCGUCACCCAGGCCUGCCUCAUGGAGGACAUCGAGCAGUGGCUGUCCACUGACGUGGGGAAUGACACGGAGGAGCCCAAGGGCGUCACCAGCGAAGAGUUUGACAAGUUCCUGGAAGAACGGGCCAAAGCAGCCGAUCGGUUGCCCAACCUCUCCAGCCCCUCGGCCGAGGGGCCCCUGGGUCCCCCUCGUGGCGCUGCCCCUCGAAAGAAGACCCAGGAGAAAGAUGAGGACAUGCUGUUUGCCUUAUGAGCGUGGGGCCUGGCACCUGCAGCCUGAGCCCCCGCUGCUCCCACAGUCCCCGACGGGGGCCUGUUUCCCUCCUUCGGUGUUAAGGCUGCUUUGAGGAUGGCUUGUUACCCCCUCCUCUUCGCCUCGAGGAUAGGCUGACCCUGCUGUGGCCGCGCCGCCUGGGCCGUGGAGAGACAGCUGGAUGAACCGGGGUAACGAGUCAGCUCUACAUUGGGAUCUUGGCCACUCCUGCCUCCUUCCCCACCCCAACCGACCACUACUUUGCUGAGACUGGCCGGCCGCUUGGUUGCCCGGAUGUGACUCCUUGUCCUAGGGGAUCCCCUCCCUGGACCCUUUCCACACUGCCAGUCGAGGCCUGGCUGGAGGCCAGAGGCAGCAGAAGCUUCUGUCGCAGCCUCCGGUCCACUCCCCGGCCCCUGCCUCGUGGACCCCAAAGGCUUUGGCUAGCCGUCGAGGGCCGGCUGUGGGGGCCUCUGCCCAGCCGCACGCUGUCCAGGUACGAAGCUGCGUGUGGUGGGGGCGAGACCCCAGCAGCCCCAGGCCGCAAGGAGAGGCUCCUGGAGCACCUGUGGCCCCCACGACCUCCACUGCCUUUUCCUCCAUCAUCCUCCUCCUGUUCCUCCCGGUCAGGGCUCCACCGGGCACUGGGCCCACCCACCUGUUGAUUGACCUUCUUGUACUGGGAGAGGUGCCUUUUGUAGCCCCAAUUAAAGGUAGGAAAGCACCCUGCUGGCAACGCU